AUGGAUCCAUCAAACAGUACCAACUCGAACAUACUCAUCGUUCUUUGCGGGCUAGUUGGUUCAGGGAAAUCAACAUUCGCUACCGCUCUCCAGCGCGAAUUCCCCGAAGUUCGUCGAUGUAACCAAGACGAGCUCGGAAGACGCGAAGACGUCGAACGAGAAGUUCACGCCGCUCUCUCACAGGGUCUAUCUGUUUGCGUAGACCGAACCAAUUUCGACCCAGGCCAACGUCGAACCUGGAUCGAUAUUGCGCGUCAACAUUCGAACAUUGAAAUAUGGGGAAUCACGAUGGAUACGCCGUUUGAUGCUAAUCGAACGUCCGUGAUAUGCAAGGACCACCCGACACUCAAGACGCCGGAGAAAGCAGUUGAAGGCAUCUACCAGUUCGUUCCCAUCAGCGCCAACGAAGGGUUCAACCGAGUAUACCGUAUCGCGCCUAGAGAGAAUCCAGACUAUACGCGCGAAGAGCUGGAAAACAUUUUAGCGGCCAUCCGAGAGAGUCCCUAUGCCCCUUUCCCAGAUGCAUUACCACAGGCUUCUAGGAGCUCGCAAGACCGCGGCAGGCGAGGCUAUUUCUCUUCUCGUGGGUCUGGCUCUCACGGCUGGCGCUCCAUCAUCCGGCAUCGCCAUCAUCAUCAUGGGGUCCAACUCUCAAGGCCCACAACAGGAUUUGAGCUCGGCAACUGGCGGGUUCAAGGGUCGUCAUCGACGGAUUCACAUAGAGGAUACGGGUACCGUGCCGGGGCUGGGGUCGAGGACGGGGGCGAGGGGAGUCAAACUACAGCUCUGGGUACGUGCACCACGGAGGAAGCGGGGCUUAUCCCCGAGGGCGUCCAACAGGAACUUGGUCUCAAACACCUCCUCGACCUAUCCCAUCUUCCCACAACUCCGACCUGA